AUGACGCUGAGGAAGCCGGUGUCGACGGUAUCGAUACCUGGCGCUAUGAAGUCAUACUCCAGCGGUAGGGACGCGGCGAUCGAAGAGGCGGGCGUCGCUCUAGUUGGCGUUCACAGCGAGUACCCGCGCUUCGGCGAAGAGCGCGCCCUCGGCGGCGGCACGUACAAAGGCGGGGGGACAGCUAAGCACAAGCCGAACAUAGGAUAUAGGUUAGGUAGGCGAAAGGCAUUAUUCGAAAAACGAAAACGAAUAAGUGACUACGCACUCGUAAUGGGAAUGUUUGGUAUUAUAAUAAUGGUAAUAGAAAAUGAACUUUCCAGUGCUGGUGUUUAUACGAAGGCGUCUAUCUACUCGCAGGCGUUAAAGACCUUAAUAUCCAUGUCAACUGUGAUUUUGCUUGGCCUAAUUGUUGCGUAUCACGCUUUAGAAGUUCAGUUAUUUAUGAUUGACAACUGCGCAGAUGACUGGCGAAUAGCAAUGACGUGGCAGCGGAUAGCACAAAUAGCUUUAGAACUUGCAAUUUGCGCCGUCCAUCCCAUUCCAGGCCAGUACACUUUCACUUGGACCACAAAGCUGGCGAAUAAAGGAGGUGUUAUAGGUGUUGAAGUUGUUCCAUACGACGUAACUCUCUCGUUGCCUAUGUUCUUUCGCCUUUAUUUAAUAUGCAGGGUUAUGCUACUUCAUAGCAAAUUAUUUACUGAUGCGUCAUCUCGAAGCAUUGGAGCCUUGAAUAGAAUAAAUUUUAAUACUAGAUUUGUACUAAAAACACUUAUGACAAUUUGUCCUGGUACCGUACUGCUAGUAUUCAUGGUGUCCCUAUGGAUAAUCGCAAGUUGGACGUUGCGGCAAUGUGAAAGGUUUCACGAUGAAGAACACGCUAACCUUCUCAAUGCGAUGUGGCUCAUUGCCAUAACAUUUCUCUCCGUUGGUUUCGGAGACAUUGUGCCAAACACAUAUUGCGGCAGGGGUAUUGCCGUAAGCACCGGUAUUAUGGGAGCUGGAUGCACAGCGUUAUUAGUCGCGGUUGUUUCAAGAAAGUUAGAAUUAACUAGAGCUGAGAAGCACGUUCAUAACUUCAUGAUGGAUACACAACUUACUAAAAGAUUAAAAAAUGCCGCCGCCAACGUUUUGAGAGAGACUUGGCUAAUUUACAAGCACACACGACUCGUCAAAAGAGUUCAUCCAGGUCGAGUCCGGACACAUCAAAGGAAAUUCCUGUUGGCAAUCUACGCGUUACGAAAAGUGAAAAUGGAUCAGAGGAAACUAAUGGACAACGCAAAUACAAUCACGGAUAUGGCAAAGGACCCUUUUCUGUUGCAGACCCAGAAUACCGUUUAUGAGAUAGUUUCGGACAUGAGUACUCGACAAGACAGUAUAGAAGAGAGGUUGACUAGUUUAGAAGAAAAACUCACUUCAUUACAGGAACAAAUGAACACAUUGCCAGAUAUAAUGGCGAGAUGUUUACAACAAUAUUGGGAGCGAACUGAGCAACGCAGAAAUUAUCUACACCCAGAUACAGCCGCAGCACCCACGCCUCCAUCAUCAACAAUUACGCCAUAUGCGAGGCCACUCGCGUCCGCUUCGCACCCUUGGCCGCCUAGUCCUGUUAUUCAACAGGCCGUUCGAGCACACUCGGCUCCCGAGAGCACGGCAGGCCACUCCCCGAGUCCCGCUCAGCCAACGCCAUCGAGCCCUGCACCGUCUGUGGCACGAACUCAGCUACCCAGC